GUCCUUUGUCUUGUUUUUCAUCCCCCCUUUUUUUUUUCCUUCUUUUUUUUUCAUAUACCAUGGAAGAUUUAGUCCCACUCUUUGUCAAAAUCGGUUUAUCCGAGCAAAAAGCCAAGGAUACUGCUAAGAACAAGAAACUUGCUCCUACACUUGAAAAAGUGAUUGAUGAAGCUCAAGUACGCGAAACAGGCUGUAACAAGGAUAUCGGUAUUCUCCUGUACAGUUUAGCUACCACUGUCACCAAGGGUGCUCAAGACCACUUGAGUUUCAUGGUCAAGAAAAUCAUGAACGGCGACUUGAAGACCACAGAUCAAAUCUCUGCUGCCAUUAAGUUUUGUGAAGCCGGAUUUAAGGAAGAUGAAUUCGAUGCUGCUACUGGUGUUGGUGUUGUUGUCACUCCUGAACAAAUCAGUGCUGCUAUUGCUGAAUAUAUCAACGCCAACAAGGAUCAGAUUGUUGCCAACCGGUACAAGACAUUGGGUCCUACCCUUGCCAAUGCUAAAAAGAUGGAAGCCCUUCGUUGGGCAGAGGGUGGUAAAGUCAAGAACGAAGUCGAAGCCCAAUACCUGGCUUUAUUAGGUCCCAAGGAUGAACGUGAUGCUCCUCAAAAAAAGAAGAAGGAAGCCAAGCCCCAAGCUCCUACCAGUGGUGCUCAAAAGCCUAAAGAAGCUGAAAAACCAGUGGAUUUCACUAAAGUCUUCUUUGAAGGUGAACUGGGUAAAUUACAUAAACCUGGAGGCAAUCCUCAAAUCAAGCCUGAAUUGAUGGAACAACAUUUAAAGGCAACCGGUGGUAAGGUGGUCACCCGUUUCCCUCCCGAACCUAAUGGUUAUCUCCAUAUUGGUCAUGCAAAGGCUAUCAAUGUCAAUUUCGGUUACGCAAAAGCCCAUAAUGGUAUUACCUAUCUCCGUUACGAUGAUACCAAUCCCGAAGCAGAAGAAGAAAAGUACUUUACUUCUAUUUUAGACACAGUUCGAUGGCUUGGUUUUGAACCUUUCAAGAUUACUUAUUCCAGUGAUUAUUUCCAAGAAUUGUUUGAUUUAGCUGUCAAGUUGAUCAAGAAGGGAUUGGCUUAUACUUGUCAAUGUACAGGUGAAGAAAUCAAUGCCUGUCGUGGUGGUAAAGACCAUGGUGAGCGUAGAGCCUGUGUUCACCGUGACAGACCGAUGGAGGAAAGUUUGGAUCAAUUCAUGAAGAUGAAAGAAGGUCGUUAUAAGGAAGGUGAAGUCACCCUUCGUAUGAAGAUGGAUUUAACCAGUGGUAACCCUCAAUUCUGGGAUUUGAUUGCCUAUCGUGUCCUUUACACUCCUCACUUCAGAACCCACGAUCAAUGGUGUGUUUAUCCCACUUAUGACUUUACCCACUGUUUAGUCGAUUCAUUUGAGAACAUUACACAUUCUCUCUGUACAACUGAAUUCAGACAAUCCCGUGAAAGUUAUUACUGGCUAGUGGACGCUGUUGAAGUCUAUAAGCCUGUUCAAUGGGAAUACGGUCGUUUGAAUGUGACUGGUACCAUCAUGUCUAAGCGUAAGAUUCUCAAGAUGGUCAAUAAUAAGCACGUCUCUGAUUGGGAUGAUCCUAGACUCUAUACUUUGGUCGGUAUUCGUCGUCGUGGUGUUCCUCCUGAAGCCAUCAAUAAUUUUGUGCUUGAACUUGGUGUAACCACUGCUCAAUCGACCAUUGAAGUCUCCCGCUUUGAUACCAAGACCCGUGAGUACUUGGACAAGUCUACGCCUCGUUUGAUGACCAUUGCUGACCCUGUGCGUGUGGUCUUGACGAACCUUCCUGACGACUUUGUUGAAGAAGUCGUUGUUCCCAACAAGCCUAGAGAUCCUGCUUUUGGUGAACACAAGGUUCCUUUUGCCAAGGUUGUCUAUAUCGAUCGUUCUGAUUUCCGUGAACAAGACGCCAAGGGUUACUUCCGUCUUGCUCCCGGUAAAUCUGUCGGUCUCUUAUACGCUAAGCAUCCUAUUCGUUGCACCAACUACAAGAAAGAUGCUGAAGGUAAAGUUGUCGAAAUCGAAUGUGUGUAUGAAAACGAAGGCGAGUUCAAGAAGCCCAAGACGUAUAUCCACUGGGUUGCUGAAUCUCCUCAACAUAACUCUCCUGUUGCCUUGGAUGAGCUUCGCAUCUAUGAACGUUUGUUUAAGCAUGAUAAUCCUGAAACUGUUGAAGGUGGUUAUCUGAAUGAUCUCAACAGCCAUUCUUUGGAAGUUGUCAAGGGUGCUAUUGCUGAAGUUGGUAUUUAUGACCAUAUUGCUGACUGGGUCAAGAAGACAGGCGGCAAAGACAAGGAAAGCAUGCGUUGGCAAUUCACCCGUACAGGUUAUUUCUGUUUAGAUAAGGAUACUGAGAUGGACACUGAAUUAAUCAAGGUUGGCAAGGUUAAGGAAGGUCUGAAGAACAUUGUUGUCAACCGUACUGUUUCUCUCAAGGAAGAUGCUGAAAAAGAUUAGACUAAAGAAGCUCUUUUUGUAUAAUAAUAAACAAAGUAUAUAUAUCUUGUUCUAAACAAGAUCUGAUGGAUUAAAAAAAGAGAGACUAUAAAUGUGUAAUGUCUAUUUCAUCAUCAUUUCUCAAGAAAAAAAAUGUUCUUGAGAAACAUGGUCAAAACAAGAAGCUUUUCUAAGCGUUUGAUAUCAAGUAAACAUGGCUCCUUUUUAUAUUCUAUCACAACACAAUCACAACAAACUAUCGAAUAAAACC